UAGCCACUACCCACAGACCGGAGUCCCUCAGGGCGCGGAGUCUAAGCCCCAGGCUACCCUUCACCAGGGCCCCUGAUGGUGGGGAUGGACUUGAUGCAGCCUGAGACCAGGUCGCGGCCCCCCCGAGUGACCCCAGCUGCGAUAACGACUGCCGCCAAUGGCGUACAGCUGGUGGGAGCUAGAUGGGAACACGAGUAGAGUAGUCAGAAAAGCCGGGUCAAUAACAACGGAGCAGACAGUACUAGAUGGUAGGCAAAGAGGGAGGUCAGGUAAAGGGUUAACACAGAGAAUAGUCUUGUCAAAGCCGAGUCGGUUACCAGGAGAGCAAUGG